AUGGAGUUUUACCUCCGAUUCCGCUGCAGUGAUGACACGGAUGCCUUUGAAGUGCUGGGAUGGGAGAUGUACUACCUCCUUCGCGACGUUCUCUUCCUCUCCACUCACCCCAAGAGUUUUGAUUUGAAGGCCGUACGUCAUCAUGUGUACGGCGAGGUGAGUGAAGAUCACAACGGCGCGAUCGUUCACCGAUGCAUGGGGCGCCGGUACGCAGAGUGUUGGCAAACCACCUCACGACAUUAUCACGGCCGCCAGCUGCCCGCACAUUGUUCGAUCCACACUGGCAUCAAGAGCGCCUCAUCGCACGCAAAUCCCGGUUUUACAACCUCGCUGUCUCCAGCAAUCACCUGUGUAAUAGUGUGGGGGCGGUUCCGGGCUAACGCGGAAGCCCAUUGGCAAGCGAGUGAGCUGCACCAGUGUACCCUCUGA